GCAGGCGCUGCGCCUUCUCCGACCAUGGCUCCACCAAGCCGCGCCAGGCCAGGGGUCGCUGUCGCCUACUGCUGGGUCUUCACGGGGAUGGAAAAGUCAACUUAGGAAGUCCAAGUUCAGCGUUAAAGUAAAAGAUGCGCCACCAAAGACUGGGAACUCCCUUACUCGUCGGAAGCGCUUCCUCGCUUAGUGCGGCUGCGCGGCCACUGCCCCCUUUUGGAACGUAAAACAUGCGCCGGGAGUCGGGACGCGGGCUGCGCCUGCGCCUUCGUUGCAUCAGCCGCCAGGUCCCUGCUGGCUGCUGGAACCACAGGGAGUAAAGCGUUCGCCGCCGUGUUUCUUACCUUUGUUCGGCCCGCGGCUACCGGAGAUUGAGAAGAGAAGGGCUAAAGUAAGUGUUCCCCGGGGGCUGUUGCGUCGGAAUUAAGAGUGUUCCCUUUCUACCAGACAAGUGCUUAUUGGAACCGGACCCCGCCCCCUUCCCGGCCUAGACCACCCCCCCACUCCCCCUCCGUACACUUCCCCUUUGGGGACUCUUGGGUUCUUCCAACUUGGUUCUGAGCCCUGCCAAGGUCAUGAAGCUUGUGAGGAAAGACAUUGAGAAAGACAGUGCCGGCCAGGUGACCCUGGUGCCCGAGGAACCUGAGGACAUGUGGCACACCUACAAUCUAGUGCAGGUGGGCGACAGCUUGCGCGCUUCCACCAUCCGAAAGGUACAGACCGAGUCUUCCACAGGCAGCGUGGGAAGCAACCGGGUCCGCACGACCCUCACUCUUUGUGUGGAGGCCAUUGACUUCGAUUCUCAAGCCUGCCAGCUGCGGGUCAAAGGGACUAACAUCCAAGAGAAUGAGUAUGUCAAGAUGGGGGCUUACCACACCAUCGAGCUGGAACCCAACCGCCAAUUCACCUUGGCCAAGAAACAGUGGGACAGUGUGGUUCUGGAGCGCAUCGAGCAGGCCUGUGACCCAGCCUGGAGUGCUGAUGUGGCAGCUGUGGUCAUGCAGGAAGGCCUUGCCCAUAUCUGCUUAGUCACUCCCAGCAUGACCCUUACUCGGGCCAAGGUGGAAGUGAACAUCCCUAGGAAGCGUAAAGGCAACUGUUCCCAGCAUGACCGGGCCUUAGAGCGGUUCUAUGAACAAGUGGUCCAGGCCAUCCAACGCCACAUACACUUCGAUGUUGUGAAGUGCAUCUUGGUGGCCAGCCCAGGAUUUGUGAGAGAGCAGUUCUGCGACUACAUGUUUCAACAAGCAGUGAAAACCGACAACAAAGUGCUUCUGGAAAACCGGUCCAAAUUUCUGCAGGUACAUGCCUCCUCUGGACACAAGUACUCCCUGAAAGAGGCCCUUUGUGAUCCUACUGUAGCUAGUCGCCUUUCAGACACUAAAGCUGCUGGAGAAGUGAAAGCCUUGGAUGACUUUUAUAAAAUGCUACAACAUGAACCUGACCGAGCAUUUUAUGGACUCAAGCAGGUGGAGAAGGCCAACGAAGCUUUGGCAAUUGACACAUUGCUCAUCAGUGAUGAGCUCUUCAGGCAUCAGGAUGUAGCCACACGGAGCCGAUAUGUGCGCUUGGUGGACAGUGUGAAAGAGAAUGCAGGCACUGUUAGGAUAUUCUCCAGUCUUCAUGUGUCUGGGGAACAGCUCAGCCAAUUGACUGGAGUAGCUGCCAUACUGCGCUUCCCUGUCCCUGACCUCUCUGACCAAGAGGAUGAUUCCAGUUCUGAAGAAGAUUAAUGAUUGGAACUUAAAAUUGAGUCCUCCUUGUAUCUCAUUACUCCUUCAUUGUUUCAAUAAAAUUUCUCAGCUUCCUUGUGACAGAAAGCUGUUGGAGUGGCACUUUGUGAUUCUUAACAGGGAUGUCUCAUUUAUUUGGUCACAUUAGGUAUUUGGUGGUGGUCAGGACAUGUAUUCA